AUGGGAAGGCCUCCGUGUUGUGACAAAUCCAAUGUCAAGAAAGGUCUAUGGACUGCAGAAGAAGAUGCUAAGAUCCUCGCUUAUGUUGCAAUCCAUGGUGUAGGAAACUGGAGUUUGAUCCCCAAAAAAGCAGCAGGUCUGAAUCGAUGUGGAAAGAGCUGUAGAUUGAGAUGGACUAAUUACUUAAGACCUGACCUUAAACAUGACAGCUUCUCUCCCCAAGAAGAAGAGCUUAUCAUUCAGUGUCACAGAGUCAUUGGCAGCAGGUGGUCUUCAAUUGCGAGAAAGCUUCCAGGAAGGACAGACAACGAUGUGAAGAACCAUUGGAACACAAAGCUGAAGAAGAGGCUGGUGAAAAUGGGGAUAGAUCCUGUGACUCACAAACCUGUUUCUCAGCUACUAACAGAGUUCAGAAACAUAAGUGGCCAUGGAAACUCAUCUGAACCUUUCCUCAGAAACUUCAAAACAGAACCAUCUAACAACUCUAUACUCACACAAUCCAACUCAGCCUGGGAAAUGAUCAGGAACACAACAAGCCAUGAGAGUUAUCACAACUCUCCUAUGAUCUUUACCAAUCCCACUUCAUCUGAAUUCCAAACUGCAUUCCAUUUCACUAACCAUUCAAACCAUCCACUCAAUGGAGCCACAUCUUCAUGUUCUUCCUCAUCUUCUUCUGCUAGUAUCACACAGCCAAACCAAGGGGGACAAGCACCGGUUACUACAUUCAGCUGGAGUGAUUAUCUUCUCUCGGAUCCGGUUCUACCUCUGAGUUCUCAGACACAAGUUGUGGGGUCCUCAGCUACUAGCAACAUCACUUUUAACAAGAAUGAAAACUUCAACACUCAAGGUGAAAGCAGCUCUCAGAAUAUUGCUUCCAAGGUCUCAGGAACGUGCCAUCCCGCAAGCUCCUUUGUGGAUGAGAUAUUGGAUAAGGACCAAGAAAUGCUGUCACAGUUUCCUCAACUCUUGAAUGAUUUCGAUUAUUAGAUUCUUCC